ACUCGUCGGGCAGGCUGCCGGCCAAUGGGAGCGCGCGUCGCUCGGGCUCGGGCCAAUGGGGCGGCGGUGGGGGCCGGGCGCCCGGCCGGGCCGGCUAUAAGUGCGGCCGCCGCGGGCUCCGCCCCCGCAGUUAGCGUCUGGCGCGCCGCUGGGUUGUCGGCGUCUCGUGACGGGCCGGCACCUCCCGGGGACUAGCGCGAGACCCACCGCGAUGAGCCCGCUCCUGGCGCUGUGCGGCCUGCUGGGCCUGGUGGCGGCGGGGCCCGCCCAGUACUUCAGGGAGGAGUUCGGGGACGGAGAUGCCUGGACGAGCCGCUGGGUGGAGUCGAAGCACAAGUCGGACUAUGGGAAGUUCAAACUCACGGCGGGCAAGUUCUACGGGGAUGCAGAGAAGGAUAAAGGCCUCCAGACGAGCCAGGAUGCCCGUUUCUACGCCCUGUCUGCCCGCUUUGACCCCUUCAGCAACAAGGACAAGACCUUGGUGGUGCAGUUCACAGUGAAACACGAGCAGAAUAUUGACUGCGGUGGUGGUUAUGUCAAGCUCUUCCCCUCGAGCCUGAGCCAGGAGGACAUGCACGGGGACUCGGAGUACAACAUCAUGUUUGGCCCUGACAUCUGUGGCCCAGGCACCAAAAAAGUGCACGUGAUCUUUAACUACAAAGGGAAGAACGUCCUGAUCAACAAAGACAUCCGUUGCAAGGACGACGAGUUCACCCACCUCUAUACCCUCAUUGUGCGGCCUGACAACACCUAUGAGGUGAAGAUUGACAACAACAAGGUGGAGUCAGGCAGCCUAGAGGAAGACUGGGACUUCUUGCCUCCCAAGAAGAUCAAGGACCCUGAGGCCAAAAAACCAGAGGACUGGGAUGAUAGGGCCAAGAUAGACGACCCCGAGGACACUAAGCCAGAGGAUUGGGAUAAGCCGGAGCACGUUCCUGACCCCGAUGCCAAGAAGCCGGAGGACUGGGAUGAGGAGAUGGACGGGGAGUGGGAGCCUCCGGUGAUCCAGAACCCAGAGUACAAAGGAGAGUGGAAACCCCGCCAGAUAGACAACCCUGACUACAAGGGGAAGUGGGUGCACCCUGAAAUCGACAACCCAGACUACACCCCUGACCCCAGCCUGUACUCCUACGACAGCUUUGGUGUCAUCGGCUUGGACCUGUGGCAGGUGAAAUCCGGCACCAUCUUCGACAGCUUUCUGAUCACAGAUGAUGAGAAGUUUGCAGAGGAGUUGGGCAAUGAGACCUGGGGGGCCACUAAGGAUGCUGAGAAGAAAAUGAAGGAGCAGCAGGACGAGGAGCAGAGGAAGAAACAAGAGGAGGAGGACAAGAAGCGGAAAGAGGAGGAAGGGGAUGAUGAACCCGAAGGGGACGAUAAUGAGGAAGAGGAGGAGGAGGAUGAUGAGCCAGAGAAGGAGGAAGAGGAGGAAACGGAGGCACCGCUGAAGGACGAGCUGUAAAAGGCCGUUCCCACAGCACCGCUCCUCUGCUGAGCCUCGCCUUUGGCCCGUACCAUGUGGCUCGCUUGGUUAAACCCAAAUAAGGAGAGGGGGAGGGGAUACAGUAAUGUCUCUAUGAGACUUGAACUUUUUUUAUUGGUGUUUUGUUUGUGGUUUUGUUUUUUAUUUCACAUGCCCCCAAUGAUCCAUUCAUGUGAGUUCAGGUCUCAGCCCUGCAGUGUGUGAAUGUAUGCUAAAGUUACAUGUAGAAACACAACCCUUGGUUCAGACAGGAACAGGAGCAUCAACUACUUUUAAUGGUGGCUGGUGUCUCUACUGGCUUCUGUCCUCCAGGUGCUCUGCAAAGGGAUAGAUAGGAAGCAGUGUACCACUGCCACCUCUUGCCCUCCUUCCCGGUCACCUGCCCUGCCCCAUCCCUCCUCACAGGUGGAAGCGGAUUCCAACCCCUGCUCCCAUGUCCGUGACCUGAGUGGGUGGGGAUGGUAGGGUUGGCUUUUCUUCCAUCCUAGCACUGCUUUGGUGAACCGAGGGGUUGAAAUCUACUAGACUGCAGUAUUGGGCCCUCAUUUUCAGCAGUCUGUUCUCACAGGAACUGUACAGCUGUGGGGAGAGCAGCAGCUUCAAAUGAGUGGAUUGAUCCAUUUCCCACUAUGUUGCUGUACUGUUUUUUACAACUGAAGCAGCUGCUUUGGCCUCUGGUGCAGAGGGCAGUCCAAACUAGAUCCACUGUUGAACAGAAUGUGCUUUUAACAGUUCAGACUAAGUGGGAUGGGUAACUCUAAGCAACUUCCUUCCCUUUCUUUGGACUGUAAAGCAAACCUCUGUAGUUCCUUGAUUUUCUGUAACAGGCCUGACACCUUUCAGGAAUCCCCCUGGAAAUUGUAUAGAGCUGUUGUCUUGUAGCAUGGGUGGAGGGGAAAUGGGGCAUGGGCUAGAAUGAAGAGAGUGUUGUCGCGGUGAGGGGGGUCACAGAAUGCUGGGGUGGGAGUGGGUGGCAGGAGAGAAUGGGGGUUGGUAGAUAGUAAGGGAGUGGAAUACUGAGUCCAGGCUUCUACCUACUCUCUGAAAUGUCUUGUGGGGGAGAGUGAAGGGCAGAGGUAGGGGUGCGGAGACUUCUCAUGUUCACACUUGAAUGUAUGAAUGAUUGAAGAAAAUUUCUAUUAAAUUAAAUUUCAUGUCUA